AUGUCUACAUCACACAAUGACAAUCGUCCAAAAAGACCUAUUACAAAACCGUCAAGAUACCAGACUACCUCUUCAGAUGAAGAUAUUCCCAGGAAAGUAGGAAAACAAGAUAAGAGUGUUACCAAGACACUGGAAUCGGACAUGAGAGAUUUAAGAGUCAUUUUACAGGAAAAUUUCUCACAUGAUUACAAUAAAAACUCACAAACGCCUUUGUUACAUACAUUAGAUAAAGUACAGCCAUAUACACAAACUCAGGCACAAUAUCAACCACAUACACCUACUCAAGUACCAUGUCCGACAAUAUCCACUCACAAUCAGAUACAAUAUCCACUACAAACAUCUACUCAGACACCAUAUCAACCAGGACAAAUUCAAUCAUACCAGUGUCACAAAUUAUACCUGUCACAAUAUGUAACUCACCUAUUAUGUAUGUCGACUCAGAAUCAAAAUGUUACAGACAAUAUUAUUAAUACAUGCAAUAAGUUUCAGGCUAAUUUUUCUAACAUAGGCAGAGCGAUACAGACGACAACGAAUUAUAGUGCACAACGAACAGAAAGCGAAGAGGAGAAUCGCAAAAUCCAGGAACGAUUGAGCUAUAUAGAAACAGAGUUAAGAAAACUGAACAACACUGUGGAACGAAUUUUACAGUGUGUACAGACAAAACAAGAUCGACGACGAGCUUUACAAAAGCCAAAAUGUUUACCGAUUUCAACAGAAUUAGAGAUGCAAACUUUUGAAAUGACUGAUGAAGAGAUAUACGAGGAAGUUGUAAGUCUAUAAAAAAAGUGCAACUAAAAAUAUAAUAACAAAGACAAAAUAACUAAACAUACACUAACAA